GGCGAUGAGCCGUCAGUUUGACAGGAUGGAGUGUGAACCUCAAUGCGGAUUGCAUGGUCCAGGACGCGGGUGAAGACAUUGAGCAUGACUGGCCUGAGCGAAGCUGCUUGCCACAAUAGGGAGAGCUUGACGCAGCUGGAUUUCCCUCAGUGUAGCUGCUCUUUUGAUCACUAUAAACCCUAGCCCACUUCGUGCCCAGGAUGAAGUUGUCCUGUGUUCAUCAUUGGCCUAUGUCUCACAGAUGUGGCACACACGGGGUUGUUGGUUGUUCGCAUGAUUCAGCAUGGAGUUUGGGAGAGUAGUGUAUCAACAAUGUGGAAGAAUGGCGUGAUUGGGUGCGGGAAUUUGUGGGCAAGGACAGCGGCAUUGUUGCGCAUCCGCGUGCACUGUCUCGCACGCCUGCACAGACAGGACACGGUUGUCCUCUGUUGAUCUGUUCAUUGGGAUGCCUCAGGGCAGUGGCACACACAAGGUUGUUGGUCGUUCGCAGGAUUCUGCAUGGAGUUUGGGAGAGUAGGGUAUCAGCAACGUCGAAGAACAGCGUGAUUGGGUGCGGGAAUUUGUGGGCAAGGGUAGCGGAACUGCAGUGCAUGCGCGUGCACCGGCUUGCACGCCUGCACAGUCGGACGUAGUGGCUCCGGCCUGCAGUGCUGCAGCGCGGGAGAACAAUGGCAUUUGAAGGUUACCAAAACCCUAGGACGGCACUGUUCCAUGUCUUGUUCAAGGGGUUGGCAGUUGCAUUCUACAUAUGUUGUAAAUGGAUAUCGUCGAGCUUUGUUAUCCAUUUUGUGGUGUGCGUGUUAUUGUUAGCACUUGAUUUCUGGACUGUGAAAAAUGUCAGCGGUAGGCGACUUGUGGGCCUUCGAUGGUGGAACGAGACCGAUGAGAAUGGGGAGAGCGUGUGGAGGUUCGAGUCUCUCGAUCAGCAGGCGAUGGAGCAGUUGCACAGCAAGGACGCAUGGUUAUUUUGGUCAGCAAUCGUCGCAAGCCUUGGAGUCUGGGUAUUGUUUGGAAUUGUCGCCAUCUUGAACUUCUCACCCAAUUAUCUUCUAAUAGUUGGGAUUGCAAUAGUAUUGAAUGGCGCCAACAUUAUCGGUUUUUUCAAAUGCAGGAAAGAUGCGAAGGCCAAGCUUCAAGGCUUGGCAACUGAGGCGAUGGUGUCCCACCUAACGCCAAAGAUACAUAAUCUUUUUUCAGCUUAGUGAUAUGGUCCCCCAUCCCCGCUGCGGCCACCAUAGCUGAUGAUGAUGCUGCGUAGAGCGUCCUUGCUGCCAUGUCGCCUUCUUGCCCGGGCAAGAGCCGGUGCAGACUUCCUGUGAGGGGGAGACAAGUUUGCUUUACAAAUGUGCUGGAUGGGUGAUUAGGCACAUAACAGUUGUUUCUGGCUCAGCGCAGACGCAAGCCUAUAUUUGUCCGGAUGGUGCUUCGCUGCAUUCCCUCGGAACCCGCCUCCUUUCCUUGCCUGCGCAUUUAGUCUCCGCUCCUUUCACUUCCCUGUGCCUCAUCUUUGCUCUUGACAUGUCUACGGACCGCAAUGUUGGUUGGUGCUAGCUACUGGGUGCUGAUGAUGUUUCCUCAUCAUUCUUUCCUGAGCAGCGGAAGCAAACUGCAAGGACAUCCCGGGGCGAAUGGAACUGUACAGCCCGGGAUGGAAUCAAACUGAAGGGAGUACUCAGUUUAUCCGACUGGGAAAUCUAUGUUGAAGCUCUUUGAGCAGUGCGGGAGGUCAUGCAGGUGCCGAUGGCUGGAUGAGGAAGGAUGGCUGGAUGAGGAAGGAAGAGGGAGGCAUAGCAGGUGCUGCGCUCACUAGCGAGAGAAUGGAAGGGGAGGAGGUGGCAAUGGAAGGGAGAAGGUAGGGAGAGGGAGAGGGAACAGGUGCCCAUGGUGAGGCAAGGAAAGCAGAGGGAGAUAGAUGGGGGUCAGAAAGGAAGCGCACGGAACG